AUGGAUAUCGAAAAUUCAAGACUACUCGAGUUCUUGUUAACCGACGAGGCCUGUGGCAGCCCCGACAAGGGUCACAAGGUGCUGCGGGCGAGGCAACAAGUCCCCAGUAGCUAUUCCAGGCCGCCGAAGCGGCUCUCGUCUUUGCGCAUACAAAACCUGAAGACACCCAGGAAGGACACCAGAAACGACGAAUACAUCAAAAAGGACCUGGAAUCCAUCAUAUUGCUGAGGGGCACGUCGAACGUGGGCACGUUGAAGGUGGGCAAGUCGCCGGUCGAGCCGGUGAGAAAGCCCCGCCCGUCCAGCGGUGCCGAAGUGAAUGGGGGUGAUGCGGGGCACCCCAGUGGUCCUUCUUCGAAACGAAAGAAAUCCAAGCAGAAGGGCGCCAGCAAGAAGGACAAAAGCGCCCCCGAGCUCCCCCAAACCACCCCCAAAGCCGCACCCGAAGCUGCCGGGCGCAAGCGCCCGCGCCCGCGCAUGCCGCGCAAGCGGACUGCGUCCAAGCGUGCUGGCGACAGCGGCGGGCAGGCCAGCACAGAGGCCGGCGCGCCGAAGUAG